AAUUGAUUAUUUAAAUUAAAAUGUACUUCAUAGAGAAAUGUAUAUUUAUUUACUUCAACGGCCAGAACUUUGGUGUCUUAACGUGUGAAUCCUGUCGAUCAUUCUUUCGGAGAAAUGCCAACAGAGCAGAGAAAUUGAUUCGCAAAAACAAUGAGAGCACUCCAUCCCAGGCCUCGACUGUCAGUUCGCCAUCGGAUGCGAUGUGUUUGUAUCGAAAGGAUGGCAUCAGUGAUAAUAAUGCAGACAACUGUGCCAUCAAUCAGAUCCCAGCCCUUAUUCGUGGCCUUAUAUUUCAAUUCAAUGAUCUGGAAAUGCGUCGAUUGAGACAAUUAUUCAACUCAACGGCUAUUAUAAAAGACCCGAUCGUAGAGAUAGCGUCAGAACCGAUAUCAGUAUCGGAAAUCUACCAUCGUUCGGACAAUGCAGCCAUCAUUACAUUAGAUGUAUUAAAGUGGGGUACAGAGAAUGUCUAUGGAUUUCAAAAGGAUUUUAUGUAUAAACUAAACCAAGAGUAUAAUCAAGACAUGAAUCUAUUGGAUUUGACUUCAAAGGAAAACAUAUAUUUAUUUACUUCAACGGUGCAUUAA